AUGGCGGAAGAAACUCACACCCUCGGCCACCCACUGUCUACCAGCACGACACACAGGCAGACACUCCCACAGAGUUACUGCAGGGAUGGCUUCAGAGACUACUGUGUCCAUCACUGUGGUAAAGUGAAAGGUGACAAGCCAGAGGGAAAGCCAGAUGGCUCAGGCAAAAAACCAGAGCCAGAGUUCCCCGAAUUCCUAAACCUUGUGGGCAAGGAGGUCAUUGAGAACGCAGUGGAGUUCAUCCUCCGUUCCAUGACCAGGAGCACCUAA